AUGGCUUCUAUUUCCAAAAUCGACAAGCACAGAGUGAGCAAAUCGCGCACUUCUUCCAAAGCAUCUCUAACCAAAGUAGCACGGAAACCAGCAAACCCAAAGCUACCAGUAGCAUUGGGAGGGGCUCCCAAAAGGGCAACAAGAUGGGACAGAGAAUUGAGGGGACUGGAGUUGAUUGAACCCACACCACGAAGAGAUCCCACAGCGCCGCGAGACUUGCAAUGGGCUUACACAGAAGAGGCGCAGAUUCCGGGAGCGUUGUUGAAAACAAAGGUUUCCGGUUGUGAACUGGACUUUCUAGAUCUGGGCCCUGGAUCCCCGAAUCAUGUUAUCAUGAGGCUCAUCUUUCAACGCACAAAGCAUCGUCGUAGCGCACACAACCCUCCUGGGACUACGGGUCUUAGACUGAGCAUUGAGGUGUCUCUUGGUGAAUUCUCGGAAGAGGAAGAGGAAGAGGAAGAGGAACAAGAGGGAUUGGAAACAAUGGAAUUUGAAUCAGGUGACUUCGUGGUUAAGACCAUAAGGUACAACGGACCACAUCGAGAUUCCGCACACACUAUCCCAUUAACCUUCACAGGCAACGGAGUCAAGACGGUCGAAGAUAUCUUGAACAUCGUGGCAGCGGAUCACAUGACACCUUGCGGUUUCAACUUCUCGGAUACAGAUGUGGUUGGCUGUCGAGACUUUAUGUCUCAGUUGGUGUGGAAAUGCAUCGCGGCAGGUAUCGUGGUAGAUGAUCCGGACAUCAAAAUCCCCUUCGAACGCUAUUUCACCCUUCCAUCGAAUGGUGGGCCAGCAAUCCCCCCAAUCGUCCAGACCUCUGUCAAACCAGCACUGUUCCGUAAUCCGGGCUUUGUACGUACCGCCAUUCCCGGAAUCACGUUAGAUCCACUGUAA